AGGUUCCAAUACCCAGUUAAGCGAGACGCCUAUCAAGCAGCUGGGUUUUAUUUUCAGGUUAUCCAAACUACCAUGAAAAGCUUGAAGGCCAAAUUUAAGAAGAAUGAGGUUACCCUAGGCCAUGACUGGAGUAAGAAUGAUGAAAAGCUGCUCCAGGCUGCAGAGGCAAACAAUACUGACCGCCUGUCCAACCUCCUAAUAAAAAAAGGUCUGAAUCCUCUCAAGCUUGAUCCAGAGGGAAAGUCGGCGUUCCAUGUUUGUGCCAUGCGUGGCAGCAUUGAUUGUCUAGAGAUCUUGUUAUCUCAUGGAGUUGAUGUCACCAUCCUUGAUGGAGCAGGCCUCAACGCCUUACAUCUCGCUGCCAAGUAUGGACACCCUGAAUGCGUGAAGAGGCUCCUUCAGGAGAGCAGCCCUGUAGAUCUUACAGACACUUAUGGGAGGACAGCUCUGCACCAUGCAGCCAUAAGUGGCUCCCUAUCCUGUAUAUACACCCUCUGUGAUUUUAAAGCUGCUGUUAACACCAAGGAUGGGAAUGGAGCCACACCACUUAUCCUAGCUGCUCACAUGAGCCGAUCAGAGAUUUGUGGCUUUUUGAUUGAGCAAGGGGCAAAGGUGGAUGCUCAAGAUCUUCAGGGAAGGACAGCCCUCAUGUUGGCAUGCGAGAAUGACAGUCUGGAGACUGUGGAUCUUCUGUUGCGGGCUGGAGCUGAUGCAAGGAUCACCGAUCAUCUUGGCCAUAGUGCUGUCCAUUACAGUAUGGCUACAGGAAAUGAGGCUGUCCUGCACCUCCUCAAGUCUCUGCCCAUCCAAUCUCCCCAGAGCAGCGAAAAGGAUUUCAAGAUUCCAAAGGCAUCCCCACAUGUAGGAUCUGAAAAAGGCACACCCCGUAAAAGGAAAGCCCCUCCACCUCCACAGGUGGUAAUCUCUCCUUCCCCAGAUCCCCCAGCUCCUGCAAAAGAAGAGCUUCCAGUACAGACAAAUAAGGGAGAAGAUGAAGAAGUGUUUGAGGAAAUCCGCAGGUUGAGACAGGAGCGUGCACGCCUGUUGCAGAAGAUUAAAGGCCUGGAACAACUCUGCCAGUCUGCCCAGCAGCAAGAGAGCCGUGUGACAAGCCUGGAGGAGGAGUUGGGAGCCCUUCAAGAAAUGCUGAAGCUCAAAGAACAGGAGAAUGAAGCUUUAUCAGCCCAGGUAUCUGAGCUACACAGAACAGUGCAGACCGCUGGAGAUGAAGAUACGGAGAGCCAGGAUUCUCAGGAUGUGGAUGAUCUGCUGGAGUUUCCAGGGGCAGAGAAGCUCCUGUCCAGGAUGUCACGAACUUCUGAUGAUGAUAUCUUGGCAAGUCUGCAGAAAGAAGUGGACCUUCUAAAUCAGGAGAAUAAGGAUCUGCAGGAGAAAGUGAAGAUGCUGGAGACGUAUGAAAAGGACGAUACAAACAUGGAGAUGUCAUCUGGCGAGGACUUCAUACCUGUUACACUCUAUGACUCCCUGAAGCAGGAGAUGGACCAAUUGCAAGACCUCUAUAAGCAGGCCCAGUGUGAAGUGACAGCUCUGCAGGAGCUGGGCACCACAGAGAAUGCUGGGGACGUGGCCACACUGAAACAAGAGUAUGAGGCUCGCAUACAACAAUUAGAAGCAGCUCUGGCUGAGGCUCAGAAGAAUGAGACUCCAAAUGUGGGCGAUGAGUGCCUUGUGACCAAAUAUGAAGAGACUCUCACGGAGCUUGAGAGACUACGGGAACAGGUCAAGAAGUCAGAAAACAACAGCCACUCACCGAAUAGUGAGGUGCUAGAAGAAGGCAAGUCACAAAUCAGGGGGCUCUCUGAAAAGCUUGUUGAAAAAGAACAGAUGAUGGAAGAACUGGAAAGGAAGGUGAAGGAGCUCCAGACAGAGAUGACCCACAUGGUCUCUUUGGAAGAGUAUGAAGAAAUGAAACUAAGCCUCAACUACCAGCUGGAAGAAAUCUCUCGGGAGCGGGUAGCUUUGGCAGAAAGUCGCAACACCGCCCUUUUGGAAAUUGAGAAGAUGAAGUCUCAAAAGAAUACCAAGGAUGAAGAUGAGGAUGAGGAGGAGGGCCAGGCAAAGGAAGAAGUGUCAGGGACACUAGCUGUUGCUUCUUCAGUGCAGGAAGUUGCUGUUUUAGAAGCUGAACUCAAAGAGAUGAAAAAUCUACUGGAGGAGACACAGAAGAACGUGCAGGGUGAGAAAGAGAGCCUGACCAAGGAAAUUCGUGACCUACAGGAUCAGCUGCAGUCUCAGUACAUCCACAAGGCUGAAUAUGAGAAGCUGCAGUCUAAACUUUCCACACAGCUGCAGGAAUCCAGCAGGACUCUACAGGAACUGAGAGAUGAGCUGGGGCGAGCACAACAAGAUAACAACAAGCUACUGAGAGAUGUGGACAGUCUGAAGCGGGAGUCAGUCCCUAAAGCAGAACAUCUACAGGUUAAGGAGUCUCUGGAGCAGAAGGUCCAGCAGCUCACCAAAGAGCUGGCCUCACGGGACACAGAGCUGACCAAGCUACGGGAGCAGAAGGAGGGCAGUGUGUCUAAGGAAGAGAACGAACAGAUGAGGUGCUCCCUGCAGGUGGAGGUGAACACUUUGACUGCAAGACUGAGUGAACUGACCCGCAAGCACGAGAAGACAUGCACCGAGGUCUUCCAAGUGCAGCGGGAGGCUCUCUUUAUGAAAAGUGAAAAGCACGCAGCAGAGGCCCAGCUCGCCACCGUGGAGAAGCAGCUGAGUGAUCUAAAGGCAGAGUCGGGCCGCGUUCACGAGCUGCACAAGAACAUUGAGGAAUCUAACAGCCUGGUCAAAGAGCGGGAUCGCAAGAUAACAGAGCUAUCCAAGGAGGUGUUUAAACUCAAGGAAGCGCUGGGGACCUUGUCAAACCCUCUGACCCCCAUAUGCAAACAGAUCCCUGCCCAGGCAGACCAUCAUGAACUGGAGACUCUCAAGAGCCGUGUUGGUGUGCUGCAGGGUCAGAUACAGGCAUGUGAGAAAAAGCACUUGUCAGUGGUAUCUGUAUAUCGAGCUCAUUUGCUAUCUGCUGUCCAGGGACGGAUGGAUGAAGAAGUGCGGGUUUUGCUGUUGCAGAUACUACGGAUGCAUCAGUUGGGGGGAUAUGCCCACUGAAAGACUUUCUACACACACACACACCCCAAGUCAUGUGUUUAGUAGGCCUCUUAAAUUUGCACUUUUGAGAUAAACAUCUCCUUAGACUACCAUUUAUGGAGGCUAUUUAACUUAAGAUUUGUACUCACUUAGAAGACCGAAAGGACCCGAGGGCAGCAGCCUGAUUGUUAAAAUAUAAUUAGGACACAGAUAUUAAAAUAUA